AUUUUUUCGCGUCUUGACUCUCCUUUCCUUCCUCAUAAGAAUGGCUUCCACUUCGACUGGACCAUCAUGUCCUAUCAUAUUUACAACGCAGACUGCGUAUCCGCUCCCUACCCAGAAGUACUUGAUUCCAACGAAUUGGAAACGUUUUCAACUUUCGCAACUCGUGAACAAAGCACUCUCGCUUUCCAAACCUGUGCCCUUCGAUUUUCUUAUUCGAGGAGAAGUUUUGAGGACGAGCUUAGCGGAAUGGUGCGCUGAGAAUGGCGUUGGUGAGGAAGAAACGCUCGAAGUGGAAUACAUAGAAUCCGCCCUGCCGCCACAAAAAAUGACAGAUAUCCCUCAUGAAGACUGGGUCUCGUCUGUCAGCUGCUCUAUUCAAGGCUACUUCCUCACCGGAUCGUAUGACGGGAUUUUGCGUGUGUUCGAUUACUCUAAAAAUGUGGUGCUUAGUACGCUGGCACAUUCAGCGCCCAUCACUUCUGUGUGUACUGUAUCAAGUCCCGAUGAUGCGGUCAACGAAGGGAAACCAUACCUAGUUGCGACGGCAUCGCAAGAUUUAUCGGCACAGUUGGUUGAAGUUUCCCUACCAAUUGAUCUGUCUAAACAAGGCGAAUCCCGAACGUUGGCCAAGCUCCACCUACAUACUGCUCCGGUCACCUCUGUCGCUUCCGAUCACUCUGGUUCUCACAUUCUCACCUCCUCGUGGGACAUGCUAAUAGGAUUAUGGGACACUUCGAUACCAACAUCUGACGAGGUACCAGAGCCCCUGGUCGCUGAGAGAGAUAGGAAGAGAAGACGGAAGUUGGAUGCCUCUGAGAAUAAAUCAAAAAAAAAAGCCCCCAAGGCAGUGCUCAAGUCGCAUACUGCUCGGGUGUCCCGUGUUACAUUCGGACGAGAGGCUCGCCCUAAUACAGUGUAUAGCUGUGGUUUUGACUCGACCGUUCGGCUGUGGGAUGUUGAGAAUGGGGUCUGUACUCAGACAAUAUCAGCCUCUGAGAAACCAUUUCUUGAUCUCUCCCUGACCGCCGACGGAAACAUCGUGGCGGCAUCGUCAACGGAUCGCACCAUUACGCUGUACGAUGUGCGGACAAACAAUUCAUCGAAUAUCUCGUCGUCGCUUGGCUCCCUUCCUCAUCCCGCAACACCUUCAUCUUUGGCCUUAGGGUCGACUCCACAUCACCUAAUUAGUGGUGGUUAUGAUGGUGUCGUUCGAAUGUGGGAUCUUCGAAGCACAAAGAGCGCUAUGACUAGCUUCAAAACUUGGGAUGGCCAUAAGAAAGUGUUGAGUGUGGACUGGAAGAGAGGUCUCGUUGGAGUAGGUGGCGAAGGGGGCUUAGAAGUCUGGAAAGCUACAGAGGAUACCCGUGGUUCCCAAUAGUUCAGUUCUCGGAGAUAUUUCCACGAAAAAAAAACCUCGGCGGUUUUAGGAGCUCAAUAGUAGUUUUUUCCCAUCUUCUGCCUUGCAUGGUAGCUUACCAAUAUCUUACUGUUACUGUUGGACGAUACAGUAGUCAUCGUGCACAGUACGUGGCGGACAUUGAAGCCGAAGUUCAGCCGUCCGACUCGACCGAUGCUGUUGUAAAAAAAGCCUGACGUGGAUCAACUCGAUAUCAUCAUCAUCUUCAUUCC